GCAGAGCGGGCGGCGGCAGCGGCAGCGGAGGCGGCGGCUCCAGCCGGCGCGGCGCGGGGCUCGGCUGUGGGAUCCGCCAGCGGUGCGAGCUCCGCGCUCCCUGCCUCGUUCCCUGCCUGGGGCGGUCGAUCGAAGGGCGCGGCGCGGAGCCCGGGUGGCCCGAGGGCGCGAAUCCAGCCUUGGCACAUCCUCCUGUCCCCUUGGUUUUGGAAGUCCCAGGAAGAGUUUGGCCUGGAGGAGGAGGAAGAGGAGGAGGAGGGCAUUGAUGCACUUGGUGCAGCCAGUGGUGAAGAGAUGGCUGCUCCUGUCCCGUGGGCCUGCUGUGCUGUGCUUGCUGCCGCCGCUGCUGUGGUCUACACCCAAAGACAUAGUCCGCAGGAGGCACCCCAUGUGCAGUACGAGCGCCUGGGCUCAGACGUGACUCUGCCGUGCGGGACAGCCAACUGGGAUGCAGCUGUGACUUGGCGAGUGAAUGGCACAGACCUGGCUCCUGACCUGCUCAACGGCUCCCAGCUCAUGCUCCGUGGCCUGGAACUGGGCCACAGUGGCCUGUAUGCCUGCUUCCACCGUGACUCCUGGCAUCUCCGCCACCAAGUCCUGCUGCACGUAGGCUUGCCUCCGCGAGAGCCCGUGCUCAGCUGUCGCUCCAACACCUACCCCAAAGGCUUCUACUGCAGCUGGCAUCUGCCCACCCCCACCUACAUCCCCAACACCUUCAACGUGACUGUGUUGCAUGGCUCCAAAAUCAUGGUGUGUGAGAAGGACCCGACCCUCAAGAACCGUUGCCACAUCCGCUACAUGCACCUGUUCUCCACUAUCAAGUACAAGGUCUCGAUAAGUGUCAGCAAUGCCCUGGGCCACAAUGCCACAGCGAUCACAUUCGAUGAGUUCACUAUUGUGAAGCCUGACCCUCCGGAGAAUGUGGUGGCCCGACCGGUGCCCAGCAACCCCCGGCGGCUGGAGGUGACCUGGCAGACCCCCUCCACAUGGCCUGACCCCGAGUCCUUCCCUCUCAAGUUCUUUCUGCGCUACCGGCCCCUCAUCCUGGACCAGUGGCAGCAUGUGGAGCUGUCAGAUGGCACCACGCACACCAUCACAGAUGCCUAUGCCGGCAAGGAGUACAUCAUCCAGGUGGCGGCCAAGGACAAUGAGAUCGGGACGUGGAGUGACUGGAGUGUGGCUGCCCAUGCCACUCCUUGGACCGAGGAACCGCGCCACCUCACCACUGAGGCUCAGGCUCCGGAGACCACGACCAGCACGACCAGCUCAUUGGUGCCCCUGCCCACCACGAAGAUCUGUGACCCCGGGGAUCCGGGCAGCGGCGGAGGACCUUCAGCACCCCUCCUGGUCAGCGUCCCUGUCACUCUGGCCCUGGCUGCCGCUGCUGCCACUGCCAACAGUCUCCUGAUUUGAGCCGGCAUCUGUCUGUCUGUCCAUCCGUCCGUCCCAUGAGGGCCUGCCAGAGCACCCGCCAAGGAGCAGGAGGCCAGAGCUGAGCCCGCACACCCGGCUCCUGUUUUGCACAUGGGCAGGAGGACCUCUGGCAUUCUCUUCAGACACAAUUUGUAGAGACCCCAGCAGGCCCAGGCCUGCCACCCCUCCUUGUCCCCCAACUUCAGCCUCACCCCUACUACGCCAGCCCAUCUCCCUCCCUGGCAGGAGCAGGGCUAUGCAGCUAACCCACCCACCAAAGACCCCCUUCAACCCUGCCCCCUUGGGCUGGAACCCUCCAAUGCCAGCGACUCCCAGGAACCCUCUGGGGGGCCUGAGGGGAGCCCCUCACACCCACAGUUCCUCUCCUGUCCCCACAUCUCCUGUCUGUCCCCAGGGUCUCUGUGGCCACCAUCAGAUGAUAAGCUCCUGACGCUGGGGGAGGGGGGCAGCCACCCCUCUCCAUCCCCUCCCCCGCGCCCACACUUUUCAGGCCCCCUCCCACUUCUGUCCCGUUUUGUACGUCCCCUCUCUGACCCUGCUCUGCCCUACAGUAUUUAAUGCCCCGGUCGGUCCCUUCUAGUCUGACUCAGUGGUAACUUGCUGUAUUUGAAUUUUUUAUAGAUGUAUAUAUGGGGGGGGAGGGGGGUUCUCAUUAAACGUCACCAUUUCAUGA